AACUCAUGGGCUGCCUUCUGAAGGAAGUUCCAAAGAGAAAGCAGAGGGAGACAGAACUCGGGGCCUGCAGGUGUCUAGACUAAGGCCGAGUGGCUGACACCUCCAUCCCCUACCUGCAGCGCCCGAGCAGGCAAGAAGCAGCCGCAGCCAUGGCAGGGAUGAAGACAGCCUCCGGGGACUACAUCGACUCGUCCUGGGAGCUGCGGGUGUUUGUGGGCGAGGAGGAUCCUGAGGCAGAGUCGGUCACCCUCCGGGUCACGGGGGAGUCACACAUCGGUGGGGUGCUGCUGAAGAUCGUGGAGGAGAUCAAGCGCAAGCAGGACUGGUCCGACCACGCCAUUUGGUGGGAGCAGAAAAAACGGUGGCUGCUGCAGACCCACUGGACGCUGGACAAGUACGGGAUCCUGGCUGACGCCCGCCUCUUCUUCGGGCCCCAGCACCAGCCAGUUAUCCUGCGGCUGCCCAAUCGCCGCGCCCUGCGCCUGCGUGCCAGCUUCUCCCAGCCCCUCUUCCAGGCCGUGGCUGCCAUCUGCCGCCUCCUGAGUAUCCGGCACCCUGAGGAGCUGUCUCUGCUCCGGGCUCCUGAGAAGAAGGAGAAGAAAAAGAAGGAGAAGGAGCCAGAGGAAGAGGUGUAUGACUUGUCCAAGGUCGUCCUGGCUGGGGGAGUGGCACCUGCACUGUUCCGGGGGAUGCCAGCCCACUUCUCAGACAGUGAGCAAACCGAGGCCUGCUACAACAUGCUGAGUCGGCCCCAGCCACCGCCAGACCCCCUCCUGCUGCAGCGCCUGCCGCGGUCAGGCUCCAUGUUGGACAAGACCCAGCUCCACAGCAGGUGGCUGGACUCAUCGCGGUGCCUCAUGCAGCAGGGUGUCAAGGCCGGGGACAUGCUCUGGUUGCGCUUUAAGUACUACAGCUUCUUCGACCUAGAUCCCAAGACAGAUGCCGUGCGGCUGACACAGCUGUACGAGCAGGCUCGGUGGGACCUGCUGCUGGAGGAGAUUGACUGCACCGAGGAGGAGAUGAUGGUGUUUGCCGCCCUGCAGUACCACAUCAACAAGCUGUCGAAGAGCGGGGAAGUUGGCGAGCCAGUGGGCAGAGACUCAGGGCUGGACGACCUGGAUGCAGCCCUGAGCAACCUGGAGGUGAAGCUAGAGGGGUCGGCACCCACUGAUGUGCUGGACAGCCUCACCACCAUUCCAGAGCUCAAAGACCACCUCCGAAUUUUCCGGCCCCGGAAGCUGACCCUGAAGGGAUACCGCCAGCACUGGGUGGUGUUCAAGGAGACCACCUUGUCCUACUACAAGAGCCAGGACGAGGCCCCUGGGGACCCCAUUCAGCAGCUCAACCUCAAAGGCUGUGAGGUGGUCCCCGAUGUCAAUGUCUCAGGCCAGAAGUUCUGCAUCAAACUCCUGGUGCCAUCACCUGAGGGCAUGAGUGAGAUCUACCUGCGGUGCCAGGACGAGCAGCAGUAUGCCCACUGGAUGGCUGGCUGCCGACUGGCCUCCAAGGGCCGCACCAUGGCGGACAGCAGCUACGCCAGCGAGGUGCAAGCCAUCCUGGCCUUUCUCAGCCUGCAGCGGGUGGGCAGUGCAGGCUCGGGCAACCACUCCCAGGGUACUGAUGCCUCCACUGAGGGCCUCAACCCCUAUGGCCUCGUCGCCCCCCGCUUCCAGCGCAAGCUCAAGGCCAAGCAGCUCACCCCACGGAUCCUGGAGGCCCACCAGAACGUGGCCCAGCUCUCUCUGUCUGAGGCCCAGCUGCGCUUCAUCCAGGCCUGGCAGUCGCUGCCUGACUUUGGCAUCUCCUACUUCUUGGUCAGGUUCAAGGGCAGCAGGAAAGACGAGAUCCUGGGCAUUGCCAACAACCGGCUGAUCCGCUUCGACCUGGCCGCGGGUGACGUGGUCAAGACCUGGCGCUUCAGCAACAUGCGUCAGUGGAACGUCAACUGGGACAUCCGGCAGGUGGCCAUCGAGUUUGACGAGCACAUCAACGUGGCCUUCAGCUGCAUGUCUGCCAGCUGCCGCAUCGUUCACGAAUACAUUGGGGGCUACAUCUUCCUGUCAACGCGGGAGCGGGCCCGCGGGGAGGAGCUGGAUGAGGACCUUUUCCUGCAGCUCACAGGAGGCCAUGAGGCUUUCUAGGGCUGUCUCACUGCCUUACCCCACUCACACGUGCCACAGCCACAGCCACUGGGACUCACUGCCCACACCCUCUCCAGGCAUUCACCGAGCUCAGCACGUCCACCUGCCUUCACCAUGGCUUUGUUCAGACCAGGGUCCUAACUGGGCUAGACUCUGCCACCACCGGGCUGGGGAGGGGAAGAGCCCCCCUUCCGUUGCCAGAGUGGCCAAGACCAAUACCCCGACCUAUCUGUAGUCCCUGAGCACACCAGGAAGACCAAAUGUCGCUACAAGAUGAUGGCCCAUGUUUUCAAACUGGAGUGUCUUUUUGGCUUUUUAUUAUUAUUUUUUUUAUUUUAUAAAUAAAUGUUUUAUUGCUGGACCAUC